CUUACGAUGAAUAUAGGGUAAGAGUAUAAGAAUUAAAAAUAGUGCUCAAUUUUGGACUCAAUUUGGUAUGUUAAUGAAAGAAAAUGGAUUCGAUCGCCAUUUUGAUAAUACAGACUUAUAAUUGACUACAUUGUUAGAUGAUGAUUAAAUAAUUGGGGAAUUCAGAAAUCAAAAUUAGAAAUUAAUGGAUUAGUAAGAUAUAGAUUAAUACGUAGUAUGCAAAAAUAACAAGUGGAUGAAUUAGUGAGUUAUUUAACUGAGAUGCCAGCGGAUGAUUCAAAUUCAAAAAGAGCUUUUCGAUAUCCAUUUUAUUCAUGUGAAUUGUUAGUAUGUUGUGAAAAUCCUAAGAUUUUAGAGUAAUUUUUUGGAGAAGAUAAGUAUCAAUUAAAAUAUUAAUAGAUCUCUAUUGCAUAAAUUAUUUUAAUUUUUUGUUUCAGAUUAAGAUAUAAAUCCAGUUUUAGCAGGAUAUGUAUGUAAUGUAUUAUUUAACCUAUUAAAAAUGCGUACUGAUAUCUUUCUUGCUGAAUUUUAUAAUUAUCAAAAUUUGACAUUUAGAUUAAUUAGAUAACUUUAAUCUCGUUCAGUUUCAGAACUUGUGAUUCGUUUAUUAACAAUUGAAUAGGAGACUACAAUUGAUUAUACACCUUAAAGAAUUGAAUUAUUAAGAGGAGUAGUUGAAAGAAUUAUUGAUAAUUCAAAUUUUGAAGUAUAAAUAAUCUUUAAUUAGGUAUCUACUAACGUAUCUCAUAUCAUUUAAGAGAUCACAUUGAAAGCAUAUUUAAUUAAUAAAGCAUAACCUCUUUUUGAUUUCUUAUAUAAAGAUUCAAUAGAUUUGUUUUGUCGAUCUAUUGUUCAUGAAUCUAAUUUUGUAUCUCUUGCCUCAGGAACUGCAUUAUAUAAUCUAUUAAUUUUACAUUACAAAAUAAUUACGAGAUAAGGUGAUCCAACCGAAAGUGCAAUUUUCUAAGUAGAUUAAUAAGAGUUAUUCAAUGUAAUAGAAUCUCAUUUACAUAAAUGGUUAGAAUUUUUAUUAUAAUCUACUAAUCCUAUCUUUGGAUAACAUAAAAUUAAAUUACUUGAAAUUAUUGGUGUGUGUAUUAGUUUGAAUCAAUAAUCCUUUGUUGAUAAAUUAUAAGAAUAAGAUAUCUUUAAAGUAUAUAACUAAUUAUUUAUCAAAUAUGAAAAACAUGAUAUAUUGCAUUUGUAAUACUAUAGAUUCUUAGUUCAUAUAAUUGAAUAAAAAUUGGAUAAUCUAGUUUAAAAUGUAAAAUAUUUAAAAUAAUUAGUUAUUCAAUCAAAAUGAUUUUAUUUAAUUUUUAUUGAAAUGUACUACAGAAGUGAUUAACAAUUAAAAUUAAAGAAAGGAAUAUUUGGGUUUUGUAACUAAAUUGGCUCAUUUUUUGAAAGAGUUUUCACCCAAAUAUCCAUUAUUGUAAUCUGAAUUAGAAAAAGAAUCAUGGAAGAAAUUUAAGAAAUAAUAUUUUGAUAAGGCUGAAAGGCUAAAUAAUCAUGAAUUAGGGGGUCAUACAAGAGCUGAUUAUAGUGAAGAUGUUGAUUUUAAUAAAGAAGACAUUUAACCAAAAUAUGACACCUUUUAAAAUUCCAAUUCUGAAGAAAAAAUAUAAAAUGAUACAAAUUCUCAAAAUCUAUCUAAUAUAUUUGAUGCUUUUAAAAUAAGUGUUAGUGAAGAAAAUAAUUCAGUGAAUGUAUAGUAAUAAGAAUGGGGUAAUUUUUCAUGGAAUUAAGAAUAACCAAAUUAAUCAAAAGAAUAAUAAAAAUAAUAAGAAUUCUAAUUUGAUGAAGUACCUAAAGAAGGUUAAGAAUUCUAAUUUGAUGAAGUACCUAAAGAAGGUUAAGAUUAAUAAAAAGAAUCAUAAUAAUAAUCUAAUACUCAAUAAAAAAAAGAAAUAGAUAUAAAUAUUGAGAAGGAAAUAAAUACAAAAUAAAAACAUGAUUAUGCAUAAGAGGAAAAGGAAGAUGAAUAUAAUCGCUUUUGGCAAUUCUAAAUUCAUGAACAUGAUGUAUAUUAGAUAUUAUUAUUUUAGGCUUAAAUACAUAAUGAUGCUUUGUAUGAGUUUGAAAAAAAUUUAUGA